UAAGAAGGAUGACCAGAAAUCAUGCAUUAGGGCGAUAUAACGUUUCAUGUCGGCCAUUUAAUUUCAUUGGCCUGUAACAUUUACCUUUUUUUUUCUACUUUGUCUGCAUCCUGCUUCAUUUUCAAGAUGGGUAACAAAAUCUCAACUGUGACAGCCAUUGCAGGAAUCGACAGUUAUGUAAGCGAGCUGAAUGACAUCAACUAUCAGAAAAGGUGGCUUUCAUACAUUGUCAACAACUACAACUGUUGUAUAUUUAUGCAUAUAUUUUAUAUAGUAUUGGCAAUGCUCGAUUCAUGAAGACCAUUCUAGGCAGACACGAAAGGGACGGUUACGUGGUUGUUAAGAUAUUUGUUAAGCCAGAGUUAGGAAUGUCACUAAAGAAGAGAGUGAAGAAAUUGAAAGAGGAAUACAAGACUUUAUCCGAUGUGCAUAAUGCCUUUUCCUUUCAGAGGAUACUAGAGACAGAUAGAGCAGCCUAUCUUGUUAGACAGUAUCUGUAUAGCAACCUGUAUGAUAGGAUCAGCACACGGCCCUUUCUAACAACCAUUGAAAAAAAAUGGAUUGCUUAUCAACUCAUACGUGGAGUUGCUGAUUUUCACUCAAGAAAGGUAUAUCACGGCGAUAUCAAAACAGAGAAUGUUCUUGUCACAUCCUGGAAUUGGGCAUUUAUAGUCGACUUUGCUUCUUUUAAACCAACUUAUUUACCAGAGGAUAAUCCUGCCGAUUUUUCAUUCUUUUUUGAUACAUCGUCUAGAAGAACGUGUUACAUAGCCCCUGAGCGGUUUUACAAAGCGGGAACAGAGAUAGAUCAACGCAUUAAAAUGAUGGAUGAGGAUGAUUAUCUGAAUGAACUCACACCAGAGAUGGACAUAUUCUCACUUGGCUGCGUGAUUGCAGAACUCUUUUUAGAAGGUUCUUCCCUAUUUACGUUAUCACAGCUAUUCAAAUACAAGAGUGGGGAAUAUAAUCCAAGUACAAGCCUGAACAAGAUUGAAGACAAGAACAUUAGAGAACUAGUACAACACAUGAUACAGAUUGAUCCAACUGCUCGGUUAUCAGCACAAGACUAUUUAACUCAAUGGCACGGAAAAGCCUUUCCUCAUUACUUUUAUUCUUUCUUAUACCAGUACAUGAGCUCUUUAACUGAUAAAGUCGAGCAAAAGGAUACAACUCUCUUCUCUGCCUUAUCUUCAGCUUACCCCAACAUGACAAGCAGAAAGCUAACGGAUGCGGAUGAGAAGAUUGAACGCGUUUUUUUCGAUUUUGAAAAGAUUAUGGAUUAUGUAUCCUCUGACGACGCGGAUGAAGAAAAACACAAGAAACGAAAAGAUUCAUUCAACACAGCCACUGCAUCAUCAAUACUAUUGUCUCCCGAGGUCACCUUUCCAAAUCACAGUCAUAUUUCUAGUACACACGAAGAUGGUGUCGUAUACAAACCUGGAGGUAAUCCAUGUCUUGAUACGCUGUUUCAAACAACUGAUAUGUUUUUGUGUGUAGAGGAAGGAUCACUCAUCCUGCUUUCAUUCAUUUGUUCAUUGAUUCGAAACACUCUUUAUCCAAGCUCUAAACUGAAAGCACUCGAUAUACUUUUCGCCCUCGGAGAAAAAGUUCCUGACGAUGUCAAACUUGACCGUCUAGUCCCUUACUUGAUGUGCUUAUUAACAGAUGAAUCAGCACUGGUGAGAGCAAAUGCAAUAAAGACCUUGACUCGAAUUCUGUGUAUGGUAGAAUCCAUAUCUCCCAUUAACGCAAGAAUAUUUCCAGAAUAUAUCUUACCGAGCCUUCGAUCAUUUACAACUGAUACAGAUGCUCUCGUCAGAUCAACCUAUGCCUCUUGUAUUGCUUUACUAGCAGAGACUGCCCUAAGAUUCUUGGAAAUGACACAGUUUCUCAAGACAGAUGAUAUCUAUCCUUCCGACCUUGAAUCUGAAGAUUUGGAUUUUGAGUCCUCGUAUGACUCUUAUCUUCAGGAACUUCAAUCCGUCAUUCAAGAACAAACGACCCUGCUGCUGAUCGACAAAAGUAGUUCUGUCAAGCGAGCCUUAUUGACCAACAUCACUUCACUAUGUGUGUUUUUUGGUCGACAAAAGGCAAAUGAUGUGCUCCUAAGUCAUAUGAUCACUUAUCUGAACGACAAGGAUUGGAUGCUGAGAAGUGCAUUUUUUGAGAGCAUAAAAGGUGUUGGUACCUUUGUGGGAGCACGAAGUUUGGAAGAAUACAUCCUACCGCUCAUGAUUCAAGCUCUUACGGAUCCUGAAGAGUUUGUAGUCGAAAAGGUGCUCAAUUCACUAACCAGUUUAGCUGACCUGGGUCUAUUUCCAAAGAUGAAAAUUUGGGAAAUUGUCAGUAUCGUCUGGCCUCUGAUGUGCCACCCCAAUAUAUGGAUCCGUGAUGGAUCUGUUGGAUUUAUUUCUUCUGCUAUCAAACAUUUGCCCGAAACAGACGUUUGGUGUAUCGUGUAUCCUUUGUUACGACCCUUUUUAAGAUCAGAUAUAGCAGAUAUUAAUGAAGAGCUGCUGCUACAGAAUAUAGAAUCACCUAUACCACGUCAAGUCUAUGAACAGGCUAUCCUAUGGGCUACCAAGGCCACUACAAGAUCUACUUUCUGGAAAAAGCAAAGAGAAUCCUUCAAAUCUGGAUCGUCGGCCAUCAUGGGAAUGAAUGAAAAAGAAGAUGAAAACUCUGAAGAAGAUGUAGCUUUUCUAGAACGCCUACGGUCAGUUGGUAUGAGCCUGGACGAUGAGGAAAAGCUGAGACACAUGCGAGACUACAUAUUCAAAGUAUCACGCGUGAAAACGAGAAGCAACCGCCCUAGUUCAAAAGAUGAGUAUGAAAACAUGGGCAAGGAAGAAGUCCUGUUAAAAAACCUGGGUGUGACGCCCAUGACAGUCUUCUUACCAGACUUGUCUCAUAAAAUUCAUAAUGCAAAAACAAGUGUACAGAGAACCACGAUCAAAGCAAAGCCCAUCAGAUCGCAUUCCCGUGAAGAUCUUUGUAAAGUGAAUCAAAUAGCUAAUCAGCCACAUGUCAGGGCUCUCGCUCAGGACAACCAUAAGACGGCACCUGUUCCGAUUAAUACAACAGGUGAUUCGGUGGAAGCGCCCAAAGCAAGUCCAUCUGAAUAUAGCUUUGGAACAAGUUUACCAAAGAGCCUUGAGCGCCCAAAGAGUAUCAUCUUGACCAUGGACGCGAUCAAAAGUAAAAACACGAAAAUGGACGAACCCAUCAGUUUGAGCAUGGUAGAGAAAUGCAAGGAUGAAAAUGACAAGGAAACAUUAGAUGUCAGCUCAGUUGGUUAUGCACACCUCCAAAAACUUUUAUACAAAACUGCCAUGGAAGCUUUUCCUCCCUAUAUACCCGAAUUUAUUGGAGAUCCAAGUGUUUUGAAACGCAUCAGAAGAUUACCUCAAGGCAUGGCACCGUUUAGGACCAUGGCCAAUUGGAGACCUGAGGGGAUCUUGGUGGCUCAUUUCACUGAACACACAGCCUCUAUUAACCAAUUGGCUAUUUCAUGGGAUAAUUUGCUAUUUGCAUCAUGUUCUGAUGAUGGUUCAGUCAAGAUAUGGGAUUGUUCAAGGCUUGAAAGAAAUGUCACAAAUAGAUCGAGGGUGACAUAUAAUCAGCAAGGUGGUAGGAUAAAAUGCAUCACGUUCAUUCAACAAACCUACAGCAUCGCAUCUGCCUCAGAUAAUGGAAGCAUCCAUAUCUUUCGAGUGGAUAUUCAUAAUGCAGGAACAGCGCUGAAAUUUGGAAAAUGUAUUCCAGUGCGAGAAUUUCAACUACAGGAUGAAUAUGCGCUUCAUUUGAGACAUAUAACUAGCAACACUUCAAACACGAUGGCGGGAUCCAAAUCCAUUCUGAUAUUUACUACAACAAAAGGCCGCAUCUAUGCCUUGGACCUAUUAACGAUGGAGAUCAUUUGGAAAUUACAAAAUCCUCAAAGUCACGGAGUGAUAACAGCAAUGACGAUUGACAAGUUGAAUACAUGGUUACUCGUAGGAACCAUGAGAGGCAUAUUGACCUUAUACGACCUACGAUUUCAGAUUCCACUCAAAUCGUGGCUUCAUCCGAGCAAGAGCCGUAUCAGCGUGCUCUUACUGAAUCAGGAUCCACGAGCGGAAAACAAGCAAGUGAUCAUUGCUUCUGGCAAAAAUGAAGUGUCUAUAUGGGACAUUGUCAACUUACAGUGCACAGAGGUAUUUGCUGUAAAAUCGGGGGAUGAAAAGACAACGGGAGUGAUACUUGAGGCAUACAAGCCUCUUGAAACGCCGGGUGAUCGAGAAAUACUAGUCAAUUCGUUCACGAUGAAUGAAUCCAAUUUUACAGAGAAUUCAAUCCGAGCCAUUGCAGCGCCUGCUGAUUGUCGGCUGAUGAUCACUGGAGGAUCCGAUCGAAAGAUACGAUUUUGGGAUACAGCGAGAAUAGAAAAUUCGGGAGUUAUCUUGGGUACAGAAUUAGACGAGAGUAAACCAAGGUAUAGUACGAAUACGAUUGAGCAUACAAAAUUCCAUUUUGAGUUCAAUAGAACCAACAAUCACCAUGGAAACAGUAUUCGUAACAACAACACUACGGCAAGCACGAAUGCACUGACGAACUCCGUAGCACAACAACAGUAUUUACUCAGAAACCACAUAGAUGCCAUCACAGACAUCAUUCUUACCGAGUUACCUUACCCAAUGAUCAUUAGUGGAGAUAGAGAUGGCGUGAUUAAAGUAUUAGCCUAAGACUUUAUAAAUAUUUACACUUUAUUAUUAUCUACACUUCUCAUGAUUGAGCAUCAAUUAACUCUUUGAUGUUUUUUCUCAGUCGUUUUAUCUUUUCAUCUGGUUCGACAUGAGAUGGCUGAUUUUUAGUUUUGGCGUAUACGUCUUCCAUGAGCUGUUUUAAUACAUCUAGUUGAUAUAUAAUCUUUUUUACUGCAUCUUCCGUAUUCAAUACUGCCACUUC